AUGCUUCGCCAAUCCAUCAUCAGACCUCUGUCCACCGCCAACCGCGCCGUCGUCUCCCGGUCUUUCUCUUCCUUCGCUCCUAGAAUGUCCGAAGGUGAUACUGGUGCACCCCGGUCCGGCGGUUCCGCCCAGGGAGAUGCAUUCACCCGCCGCGAAGCCGCCCAGGAGAACCUCUACAUCCACGAAAAGGAGAUGGAGAAGCUCGAAGCCUUGAGAAAGAAGGUCAAUGAGCAACAGAAACACCUCAACGAGCUGGACCAGCAUCUUAAGGAUCUCCAGAAGGAGCAGGGCGGCGAGAAGAACUAA